GUGAAGCUCUCGCUCGGCGCAUUGCCAUUCCCUAGGGGUGGGAAAGUCGUAGUCAGCAGACUGACGACACGCCAUGAGCUGAUGGGCUGAUGAGCUGAUGGGACGCUAGUAUGGGCACACUACGUCUCAAUUGGCCGAGCCGCACCACUCCAUCACUCUCAUAUGAAUGUUGAGCUUUCAGUUGCGUCGUUGCCUGUGUAAUUGGGCCUGGCGAGAACUUGAAGGUUCUGGUUUCACAGCUGACGACUCAACAUGACGCUCACCAAGACAAACGGAGCAACUGCUAAGGAAGCCAUGACUGGUGCACCCGGUACAUGCAAUGUAUGUGUGGUUGGGGCCGGACCUGCUGGCAUCAUGUUGGCUGCCCUCUUGGCGAGGUUUGGCAUCAAGGUUGAAAUUCUUGAUGACAGACCGGACCAGACGACAGUGGGCAGAGCCGAUGGAAUUCAACCCAAGACGAUUGAGACCUUCCAGAUGCUCCGUCUUGGGGGUGAUCUUCUGGACACUGGCGUUAAAGUGUUCGAUAUCUGCAUGUGGCGGUCCCAGGUCAACGGCACUGAGGUCCCGGCCUUGGCCCGGGUAGGGCGCGAGGUGCACUACCCAUCAGAUGCAGUCGAUGUGCUCCAUCCUUUCAUACUGUUGUGUCAUCAAGGCAUGGUAGAGGGCAUGUUCGUCGACGAUUUGAGGCAAAGUGGGUUUGAGGUCCGGCGUGGAUGCGAAUUCAAGACAUUCGGCUACGGCAAAGGAGAUGGGGGUUCUCCAAUUCAAGUCACAUACACGCACGACAAUUCCGAACAGACUCUCCAGUCUGACUACCUCGUUGGCUGCGACGGGGCACGCUCGCGGGUUCGCCAAGGGAUACCCGGGACAUAUGCGGAAGGCAACCCUCACGAUUCCUACUGGGGCGUGCUGGAUGGCAGGCUCGAGACUGACUUCCCCGAUAUAUGGAGCAAAACCGUCGUCUACUCGGAAGAGCACGGAUCAGUCUUGAUCAUCCCGCGGGAACGGAACCUCACGCGGUUCUACAUUGAGGUGAAGAAUCAGCAGAACUCAGUGGACGAGCAGUUCGUUAUGGACCAAGCAAGGAAAAUCAUGUCACCAUACAGCCUUGAGUGGCUCUCAGUGGAAUGGUUCGGGAACUAUCGCGUCACUCAACGAGUGGCAGCCCGCUUCUCCGAUUCCACUGGCCAGCCCCCACGAGUCUUCAUCGCCGGUGAUGCCAGCCAUACUCACAGCCCCAAGGCUGCGCAAGGGAUGAACACUAGCAUGCACGACUCAUGGAACCUUGGCUGGAAGCUGAACCUCUCCGUGCGUGGGCUGGCUAAGAAGGACAUAUUGCUUGGAACUUACGAGGAGGAGCGAAAGAAGAUCGCUCACGACCUGAUCAAUUUUGACUACGAGCAUGCCAACAGCGUCGCUGGUGGGGACGCCAAAGCCUUAGCCGAGAACUUUCGCACAAACAUAGGGUUCAUCUCCGGCGCUGGAGUGGAAUAUGCAUCCAACAGUCUCAACCAUGUUGAUGGGCCUGCAAAGCAGCUUCAGAAUGGGCACGUGUUCAAGGGUGCCGCUCGUCCCGGGCGAAACCUGCCGCCAGCCAAAGUCACUCGUUACAUCGACGACAACCCUGUCGAUAUCCAGCUGGACAUACCUAUUCUCGGCCAGUUUCGCGUUUUCGUGAUUGUACCGGAUGUUUUGGGAUCAGCAAACUUCCUCGCCAAGUUCAGUGAAUCGGUCUUGUCAGAGGCGUCGCUCAUGUCGCAACUGUCUACGGCAGCCAGCAAGUCCUACCAGGAUUCACCUAGACCAACUAAGCCAAGGGACACAUACUACCGUCCCGAAAGAUAUGUACCGCUCAGUCAACUGUUCACAUAUGCCCUCAUAACGAGAACAGAAAAGGGGGAGUUUGAAUUGGCAUCCCUGCCGCGUCUGCUGAGCAAAAGCAAGUGGACCGUAUACCUUGAUAAUGUCUCACAUCUUGAUACACAAAGUCAGACAUGCACGGAGAAAUGGAUCGGCGAACUCGGGUCAGAGCAGGUGGCUAUCGUCAAUGUGCGACCUGACGGCUACGUUGGCUCUGUCACCAAGUACAGUACAGCAGGAGACGAUGCAGGUUUGGUGGCUGCUCGCUCUCUGGACAACUACUACGGUGGCUUUCUGCAAGUGUAG